GGGCGUGCCCAAGCAGAGGACAGAGGGGACUCCACAAUGGGAGACAGUUUUCGUGAGCAGCUGAUAGAGGACAGCGCCUUCCUCAGAGCUGACCGGAGACUGGACACAGAGCUGGUGGACAAAAUCAUCCUGCAGCUCAACAGGAUCUACCCGCAGAUCCUCUCAGACAAGGAGGCCACCAAAUUCCGAAACUUGGACGUGCCUACCAGUGUUCGGCUGGGUGAGCUGCUGACACACCUGCAGAGGAAAGGAGAGGAAGCAUGCAGGGAGUUUUACAGAGCUCUUCACCUUCAUGUAGAGGAGGUUUACUACAGCUUGCCCACACGGCUCCGCCUCAGAGAUUCUUUAGAUCCACUGGCGUAUCCACGCGUCUACCAACAGAGAUAUGUCAUGAAUGACAGAGGUCCCCUCUUCUUUUUUGGCUGUUUUGGUGUUGCAGUGGGAAUGGCUUUACUCUACUACUACAGUGAGGCUAAAGUGACGGGAGGUAGCCGGGCCCUCGGGAUGGCUGCUCUGGGUUUAAAGAAGAAAGCUCAGGAGGUUCUCAUAUGGUACACUGAGGAAAGCCUCAUGAAGUAAGGGGGGAGGGGGUGACUCCUUCACACCAGGUGCUUCAGCAGUGCUGCUCCCAUGAAUGCUACUUGUACCAAAGCACAGCUCACUAUUAUCUUUUCAGGAGUUGAAAACUAAUUUUGUACACAGUUGUAUAUAAUGUUUUGGUUGUGGUCUAAAAUGAGAAAGAUGGGGUAAAUUCAGAGCUACAUUUAGCACUUUGCUCUUAUUUCCUCACAUGUUGAUAAUAUUUAGGUGGGUUAAAGGGACUGAAUACAGUUAAGGGAUGAAUGCAGUGGAAUCAGAAGCAAGCUCAUUAAACAAGCUGUCGCUAUAAUCUUCAAAAAUGGCAUAAAACAGCUUUUAAAAAUCUAAUUAUUUUGUCAGUGAUGCCGUCAAUAUUUUCCUGAUUUAAUAAACACUAUAUAGCAGAGAUACUCAACACAUAGGGUGCAGGGUAGACAGCUGACCUUUUUCCAAUUCACAGUGAAAAUUAACGGAUCCUAACUAUGAGUUUCUUUGUACUUUGAAUGUAAGUAAGGUGUCAGAGCGCAUUAAAAAGCAUCAUAACAGAACUUGUUGGUUAAAAAAAUGUGCCACAGGACAUUCAUGGGACAAGGCUUAGCCCUGUAUGUCCUGAAAUCCUAAAAUCGCCAAGCAGACACCUGACCUGUGCAGAGCUGCUGCAACUGGAUUUGCCUCUUCUAUUCAAUUGAGAUGAUAAUUAUUAAUAUUUAUGUUUGUUUAUUAAUUGGCCCCAAGCCUCUUGUCAUUGCACAAAAGUGGAUACCAGGCCAACCAAGCUGAGUAUCCCUGCUAUGCAGUGGAGUAGUGGUAGUUGUAGAUCAGUGGGUUACUCUCUUACAAUUCUGAUAGGUGGCUAUACAGUAAACUGUCAGAAAAAGAGCUGGUUAUACCCCAAAUAUACGCUGAUACCCUCCACAACACCACUGCUGCUCUACAGUAUCCAUUUUUCAACAAAUUUUUCAUCCUCCAAAUCACUGGUACACUUUGCAACCGUAUAAUAAUUAUACUUGAAUGCACAAAGC